GCCUUAUAUCUGCGCCAGCUCGCGGGAACGCCUCAUUUCCCUUCUCUCCACCUGCCAUAGUAAUUUGCACGCUGAUCGUCCGUUCAUCCGCCCCGGGCCAUGGCCCUGUAGCUCCGUCCCGCUACCCCUGCUGCGCCUCGGCGCCCGCCGCGCUCGGCCGCUCGACUUCCUCUUCUUCUGCCGCCUCCACCUCCUCCGCCGGGGCCUUCGCCGCCUCUGCGCCCUUCGUUGCAGCCAUGGAGUCCUCCGCCUCUGCCACCCUCCCGCUGAGCAGCUUUCAUCCUCCCAGGAGCCUCCUUCUCCAUCUGGGUCUUGCCUCGGCCUCCACGUGCUCGCCUGGCCUUCGAAGCCCCGGCCUGUGCAGUCCUGGCCGCCAUGUCUCUCUUGGCGGCUCUAGGGCUGGAGCUGGACAGGACCCUGCUCCCAGCUAGCGGGCUGGGCUGGCGGGUGGACUACGGGAAGCUCCCCCUGGCCCCUGCCCCUCUGGGUCCCUAUGAGGCCCUGGGGGGCGCCCUGGAGGGGGGGCUUCCCGGGGGGAGCGAGCCCCUGGCAGGUGAUGGCUUCUCAGACUGGAUGACAGAGCGGGUGGACUUUACUGCCCUGCUCCCCCUGGAGCCCCCAGUGCCCCCCGGUGCCCUCCCGCCACCAUCUCCAUCCCCUCCAGACCUCGAGGCCAUGGCCUCCCUGCUGAAGAAGGAGCUGGAGCAGAUGGAGGACUUCUUCCUGGAUGCCCCGCUCCCACCCCCCUCCCCUGUCCCUGUGCCCCUUCCUCUGCCCCCUUUUGACCUCCCCCAGGCCCCUCUGGAUACCCUUGAUCUGCUGACCUUCUACUGCAGUGGGGAGCCUGGACGGGGCGAGGGGGAAGGUGGGGAGGUCUUCCGAGCCUCCCUGCCCACCCCUUCGGCCCCCCGGCCAGCCCCUUACCCUGUGCCCCCCUCUCGGGGAGAUCGCAAACAGAAAAAACGUGACCAGAACAAGUCAGCUGCGCUGAGGUACCGCCAGAGGAAACGGGCUGAGGGGGAGGCCCUGGAGGGCGAGUGCCAGGGCCUGGAAGCCCGCAACCGGGAGCUGCGGGAGCGGGCAGAGUCUGUGGAGCGAGAGAUCCAGUACGUGAAGGACCUGCUCAUCGAGGUGUACAAAGCUCGAAGCCAGAGGCUGAGGAGCACUUAGCACAUAGGGGCCAACCUGGCUGCUCUCCCAGCCCCGGCCACACUUCCUCCCUUGUGGGCAGGGCAAAGGCUGGGCCUAGCAAGUGAAUAGGAGCAGCACCCCCCCUCCCAGGGAAGCUCUGCCUUUCUGUAAACAUGCCUUGGUCAAUGGUUGGGUGCUGACCUGAGGAAAGAAGUGAAGGUGGGGGGGGGGGGUUCCCCUCUAAGUCUCAGGCUCUAAACAGCUCUCAGGUCUCAUUUGAAGAUUAGGCCAAAGGGGCAGGGAAUGGGGUUGGUUGGGCAAAGGGUGGUGGUGGUGGGCAUUGCCUGGGAGGGGAGGGGAAAGGGGAGGAGCCACACCUGGGCCUGGGGGCUUUGUAAUGAAUAAAGGAACAAACUGUCCUGGG